AGUAGUAGUAGUAGUAGUAGUAGUAGUGACUUAGCUGAAACAAUAAUAAUAGCAACGAUUCAGGAUUUUAACCACGACGACGACGACGACAACGACAACAUAUCGUCAUCAUUACAACCUUCACUAUCACCGCCUCUACCACCACCACCUCCACCUCCAACUCCACCUCCAUCAACAUCGUCAUCGAUACGUAUUAAUUACAAAGAUUGUAAAGUACAUCCAGUGAAUUGUGGUUCAGUUCAAUUCAAUCGCAUAGAAUAGGCGGUGGCUGAUAAAAAGUUAACUUAUACAAACAGUGGAAGAAGGAAUUGGCAUUUGACACUUAUUACUGCAAGAUCAACAACGCUGUCAAGAUGACAAAAAUCAAAGGUGGUCCGGUGGUGGAGAUGCAAGGUGACGAAAUGACCAGAAUCAUUUGGGAUUUAAUUAAAGAGAAAUUGAUCCAGCCUUUUGUUGAACUCGAGUACCACUUUUAUGAUCUUUCCAUCCAAAACAGAGACAAAACAAAUGACCAAGUGACUAUUGAUGCUGCCCAUGCCAUUAAAAAGUACAAUGUUGGAAUCAAAUGUGCCACCAUAACUCCUGAUGAAAAAAGAGUUGAAGAAUUUAACCUAAAGCAGAUGUGGAAAUCACCAAAUGGAACAAUUCGGAAUAUUCUAGGUGGCACUGUAUUUAGGGAGGCCAUCAUUUGUAAGAACAUUCCAAGGUUAGUGCCAGGAUGGACCAAAAGUAUCGUCAUUGGCCGUCAUGCAUAUGGUGAUCAAUAUAAGGCAACUGACUUUGUUGUUCCUGGCCGUGGAAAAGUUGAAAUAAAGUUUACACCAGAGUCUGGUGAACCAACACAGUAUACAGUGUUUGACUUUAAAGAUGGUGGUGGUGUUGCUAUGGGGAUGUACAAUACAGAUCAGAGUAUAACAGAUUUUGCUCACAGUUCAUUCCAGUUUGCUUUGUCAAAAAGUUGGCCCCUAUACCUGAGUACAAAAAAUACCAUUUUAAAGAAGUAUGAUGGCAGAUUUAAAGAUAUUUUCCAGGAAAUAUAUGAAAAAGACUAUAAAAGUAAAUUUGAAGCCAAACAAAUGUGGUAUGAACAUCGUUUAAUUGAUGAUAUGGUAGCCUUUGUGUUGAAAUCUGAAGGUGGCUUUGUAUGGGCUUGUAAAAAUUAUGAUGGUGAUGUACAGUCUGAUACUGUGGCACAAGGUUUCGGUUCUCUUGGUUUAAUGACAAGCGUUUUGAUGUGUCCGGAUAACAAAACAGUCGAGGCUGAAGCUGCUCACGGUACUGUUACUAGACACUAUCGGUUCCAUCAGCAGGGCAAAGAAACAUCUACUAAUUCCAUAGCUUCUAUAUUUGCUUGGACAAGAGGUCUUGCUCAUCGGGCCAAACUGGACAACAAUGAUAAAUUGGCAAAGUUUUCAGCAUGUCUUGAAAAAGCUUGUAUUGAUACAGUAGAGUCUGGUUUUAUGACGAAAGAUUUAGCAAUAUGUAUCAAAGGAAUGAAAGGAGUAACAAGAGCUGACUAUUUGAAUACAUUUGAAUUUAUUGAUAAAAUUGCUGAAAAUCUGAAAACUCUGAUGACUUCCAUAUGACUCGGCAGAUUUAAGCCAAUAACUGAGAGUAAAUUAUGACUUUUAAGCACUAUAGCUUAUAAGCAUGCAAAGGUCUUUUUUUUUAAUCCUCCCUUUUUAACUUUCUAGCAUUUUCUAUUCAUUCUGUACGGUUUUAAUGAAAAUAAGGGCUCAUCAAACCAAUCAAUGCUAGCCUAUAUUAAAAAAAUUUUUUAUCUGAAAUUCUUA